UAUGUUUGUACUGUGCAGAAGUUUUAAAACUGUUUGUUACAAACGAUGUGGAUGUGUUACAAAUGAUAGAUUUUUUAUGGAUGCUCCUAUGUUUGAAUCAAUAAAAUCUGAUGAUAUUACUUUUGAUUUAUACACUCCAGAGAAACCUAAUGAUCCAAUUCGAACCAGUUUAUCAUUUUUACCUGAUGAUUUUAAGAGUAAUAGACCAACUAAACUCUUUCUACAUGGCUGGAAAAGUUCACCCGAAACUUUUACAUCAACUAAGGAUAAGAUAUUUCAGUCUAAGAAACAAGUUAACGUUUUCCUCGUCAAUUGGACAUCUAUUUCCAACCUAUUAUACUGCAAAUCCGUUACCAAUUUACAAUUGGUCGGACACUGUGUGGCUUAUUAUCUAAGAAGACUAAUUUAUAAGUACGGUGGAUCAUCUAUGGACUAUCAUUGCAUAGGUCAUAGUUUGGGAGCUCACGCUUGCGGUUACAUUGGUCAAAAAUUCAAAAGAUUUAACAUGAUAUUAGGUCGAGCAACAGGAUUAGAUCCUGCAGGUCCUUGCUUCAAGUAUACUCGUAACUCAAAGAGGUUGGAUAAAUCAGAUGCACUUUUCCAAGAUAAUAUUCAUACGAGCACGAAAGGUUUUGACAAAGUAUUAGGUAUCUCCAUGCCUCUUGGUCACGUAGAUUUCUUUCCAAAUUACCGCGAAGAGCAGCCACCGUGUGAAUAUGUCAGCAAGUCAAUAUUAUCUGCAAAAUCUUGCGCUCAUAGUAUAGCUAAAGAUUACUUUGUGGCAUCUUUAGAGAGAGAAUGCUCUUUCAUUGCUGAACCAUGUCACGUUGUAGGAACUAAAAGUGUUAUCGAUCGUUUUAUAAUUCACCUUUAUGGUAAUUGUGGUCAUUCUUGUCAAAUGAACACAACUUGCCAAAAGAUGGUCAUCAUGAAAUACUUUGCGGCUUUGCUUCUAUUGCCUUUUGCCUUUUGUGCUGAGGUUUGUUAUCCACCAUGCGGAUGCUUUAAUGAUGAUCCUCCAUUCGAGGGAGAUUGGUUACCGGAACCCAUUGAAGAACAGGAUAUUACAUACGAACUCUUUACAAGAAAUAAUCGCGAUGAUCCUAUUGACUGUACCUUAGACCAAUUACCAAACGAAUUUGAUCAGAAUAAGCCAACUAAAUUCGUUUGGCACGGAUGGAAUGGUCGAUCGGCUUCCCAUUACGCAACUAAAGAUGCUAUUUUGGACCAUGUCGAUGCCAAUGUUUUUGUUGUUGAUUGGCCAGGCGCUACCGAUUUAGUAUAUUUUCAGGCUGUUGCCAAUGCCCGUUUGGCCGGUAGCUGUACUGGAGUAUUUACUAAAAGAUUACUUGAUAGAUUCGGUGGAGAUAUCGAUACCUACCAUUGUGUUGGCCAUAGCUUGGGCGCUCAUGUUUGUGGAUAUUAUGGAGAUAUGAUGAAUUACACUUACAGUUUGGUUUUAGGAAGAGCCACUGGUCUUGAUCCCGCCGGUCCUGGUUUCGAUGGUGGAGAUCCAAGAUUCCGUCUUGACAAAGAAGAUGCUAGAUUCCAAGAUAAUAUCCAUACCAAUACUAAGGGUUUCAUCUAUCUCGGUCUUGGAAAACCAGUUGGUGACGUAGACUUCUUCCCAAAUAAGGGAGAUUUCCAACCUCCUUGCGAAGAUGGUAGCUGCUCUGAUCACAGUGUUUGUGUACGAUACUUUAGGAUUUCAAUGGAUAAAGAUCAAUGCCAAUACACUGCAUAUCCCUGCAACAGCGAUGACGAUGCCGACGAUGGUAAAUGUGAAACAUGUACAGCAGGCGUUGAUUGUCAAAGAAUGGGAUACUAUGCCGACACUAUGCCAGGAUAUGAAGGGCCCUUAAAUAUAGAAGACGUUAAUAUUGCACUGGAAAAUGAUGAAUUUCAAUUAUAUGAUCUGGUUAAAAAUCUCUCUGAAGAUAACAUUGUAACUAACGAAGAACUAUUACAGCAAGCUGAUCAACAGAUAACGCCUGUACAAGUGGAGGAAAAUAUCGAUUCUAUCACUCUGAAAAUAGAGGAAAAUGCAUUCGAGUUAGAGAAAGAAAGGGUAGCUAGAAGGAAAAAAUCAGAAAGUGAAGAAGAAGCUCAAACUUGUCCAAAUAAAUGUGAAGCUGAAUAUGAAAGAGCUCUGAAGUCGUCAACAGAAGCAUGCAAAAAAGUAGAUAAUGCAUUGUCAAACGUUCAAAUUGGUGUUCGUCAGUUAGCAUCCAUUGGAGAAAAUAUGUUUUUUAGUAAUAUGCCUUUCGAUCAACAUAAGGAAGCAGAGAAGAUCUUCACUCAGCAAUUAACGCAAUUUACAAAACGCCAGUUUAUUCAAGGAAUUGAAGAGUUGGCUGUGAAAAAGAACGAUACUCAGUUCGAAUUUUUAGACGUCACUAAACCUGAGAUAUUAUUAUUAAAAGGAUAUUGCGAAGAAGUGAAUAUAGCUCAAUGUAGACAGCUAGCAAGAUUAAAAAAGCUAUUUUUUGAAAAGGAGAAGAAGUACUUUAAUGCUUUGUUAUUAGAAGCAUCUCUUUCAGCUGCAAAUCAAUUCCUUGAUACUGUUGAAAUCAGUAAAUUUUCCAAAAACAUUAGUGCAUUAGAAAAGCAGAUAAAUGAGAACAAAUCAAAGUCUAGAAGAAUAGAGAAUGAUAUCUUGAAUCUAACAACAAACUCUUUACCAAUGCUGUUACAACACGCUCAAGAGGCUCAGGAAACAAGAAUAUUAAGAGGAGAUUACGACUUGAAAAUAAUGAGACAAAACUAUUUUUUAGAUAAACAGGACCAAGUUAUUGAAGAAUUGGCUAAGCAGAGAGCUCGUUGGGACAUUUUAUUAGUAGCAUCUGAUAUAGAAGUGCAAAGACAUCGAGAGACGAAACAUCUCUUGACAGCGAUUUCUUCGUUUCUUUCUGAUUUUCAAACCUGCAUAGAGAGUAGAUCGAAAGUUUUAGAGGCAAUUUGCGCUAUUGAGAAUUAUGAUACCAGAACAACUGUUCACUCAAAAGAUGCUACGUCAUUGAUGCUAGGUCAAAUUCUCACAGAAGUUCAAGUUUUGAGCACUGAGAAGAGCCAUAGUAAGAAAUUAUUCUAUCCAUUUUCAUUCAUAAAUGAACGGGCGCAAGUUUUAACUGAAAAGUAUAAGAAUAAUCAAAUAUCUAAUUUUAAAAGAAAUGAAGAUGUUAUUAAUAAAAUAAAGGAACUUGAAAACUUAUGUAAGGAACUCAACGAUAACUCAGUACUGAAUAUGUUCGAGAAUCUCUAUUCACAAUACUUUCACAAUCUUUCAACGUCACUACAAAGUUGUGAAGUGAAAGCAAAGACACUCUUAAAGGACAUUGAAACAAAGAAAAAGGAAUUAGGAUCGAAUCAAUACAAGGCCUUAGAAAAUGAUUUAUGCAUCUUAUUCUAUACGGAUCGAAUGAAUUUCUUAAAUCGUACUCAAUUGUUCUGCGAAAGUGAAUAA